AUUUUUAUCUGCCUGAGGUUGUGGUGGUUAAUUGCCCUAUCUAGCCUCCCCAACGGAAAACUCCCCCUUCCACCGAUCACCGGACGACCUUCCCUCUUCCCUCUCACUAAAACCACCAUCCCAGCUAUCACCAUGUCGUCUCGCGUGGGUUUCCGCUUCGUGAACAACGCUCGCUUUGCAUUCCGCAAUGGCUCCGCACCAUUCCGCCGCCCGGGUGCCCAGGGCUUCCGCUGGCAGAGCUCCGAAGCCGGUGCUGGUGAGCAGCAGAGUGCCUUCCAGCGCCUAUGGAACAGCCCUGUCGGUAUGAAGACUGUCCACUUCUGGGCCCCGGUUAUGAAGUGGUGUCUUGUCAUCGCCGGUAUCUCCGACUUCGCUCGUCCCGCCGAGAAGCUCUCCCUCACCCAGAACGCUGCUCUGAUGGGUACUGGUGCCAUCUGGACUCGCUGGUGCCUGAUCAUCAAGCCCCGUAACGUCCUGCUCGCCGCUGUGAACUUCUUCCUCGGAUGUGUGGGUGCCGUCCAGGUGACUCGUAUCUUCCUGUGGCAGCGCAGCCACUCUGAUUCAACUCUCGAAGCCGCCAAGGAGAUCGAGCACGAGGCUGUUGACUCCGUUAAGGCCACCGCCGGGGCGGCCGAGGGCGUCGUGAAGAAGGCUAUCGAGAAGUCGACUUAGAUGGGAAAUGGAUUCUAU